CUGCUCCAGACCCCCAACAGGUCCAGCAACACAAAGGAACCCCAGGCCAAGUUCAAACCCAUCAAAACCGGGUCCAACAAUCCCACUCUCUUCAAAACCAUCUCCCCCAAAACAAUUCUCAAAACAACUACGUCCCAUUUCAAGCUUUACAGGACCAACACUUGCAAGGCUGGUCAGGUUCUUCGACAAGUUCAGAGACAAAAGAAAGUUCUGGAAGAGAACCUGGAGGCUCUCAUGAAAGCCAAGACUGGAGAAAUCUUGCAUUGCCAGCUGGAGGCCCUAGCUGCUAACAGAGACUGGACUGAGGAAGUUCAAAUUAAAAAGACAGUGGACACCUGGAUCAACACUUUCUCGAAUGACUUACAGCUGCAGGAAACAAAGCCUGAUAGAGUCACCGGUAAGAAGACGGACACCCAGCAGGUGGACGCAGACCUCAGUCGCACGUAUGGGAAAGUCCCAUAUGAAGGUCAGAGACGGACCCUGAAGAAGAACCCGUACCUGCACUUCAGCUCCCCGGCGUCGCCGCCCAGCAGGAAGCCCCGCCCCCGCCUGGUGGAGAGCAUCAGAGGAGUGAGGUUGAGGUCCUGUAAGACUCAGACCAGUCCGCUCCCUUCACUUGGACAAGCCGAGCAACACCACGAGUUCUCCACCCCUCAACGAGCCUCUCUCGACCCUGUUCACCUCACCACCACCCUCACAGACAGCUCCCCUGUUGCCAUAGCAAUCCCACUGGGUCGUCCUAGGAUGGAUUCCUCCAAACGUGAGCGUACUCAGGAAGUGACAUUAGUACCGCCAGCUCGCCCCCAAAACAUAGAGGUUACCACAGAUAACAGAACAGCUGAACCACAAAAGCGGCUGGAUGCGGACAAAGCUCCGUCUGCUCCAUCACACGGAGUGCUCAUUUUGGAGAGAGCCAGUGAGGAAAAUGAGGAAAACGAGGAAAAUGAGGAGGAUGAGGAAGGGGACAUUUUUCCUGGAAAUGACACUCUGCACGUUGCUGACAUCAACCUGGUAGACUUUGAACUCAAGCAGAGCAUGAAUCGGGAAUAUGGAGAUCCAUCUCCCACUCCAGCUGCGUACCAUGGUCCAGCCUUCCCACCUGUGGCCCUCUCGUCCCACCCUACCCAUAACGAGACUGCUGCCCAGGGCAUCAGCCAGCAGCAGAACGUCUUGGAGAACAGGAUGGUGGAAUGGCUGAGUCAGCACCUUUUAUCGAGGAUGAUUGCGGACAUCUAUCAACCACCUGUCUCUGACCCCACAAUGAACCAGAAUGACCAAACUAGCCACUCAGAGCUUGAGGAGCGGAACACAGUCUCUGAUAUUGUGGAAGCCGCAGCAGGUGGAUCUCUGGAGCCGCUUGUAGAAACCACCGUGGACUCUGAGCUAAUGAGGCAACUGGUUAAGGAGGUUCUCAGUGAGACAGUGGCCCAGGUGUUGGGUCAGAAAGAUGCCCUGGAUGGAAGAGAAGACCCGGGAUUAGAGCAACCAGAACCAGAACCAACAGCUUAUGAGGAGGAAGAGCAGGUCCCACUGGUCCCUACACCAGUGCCAACCCCUCUGCCUAGUGAGGUCCGACUCAGCACCGAAACCCCACCAGUGACCACUCCCACCCCGUCAAAACCGUCCAGCCCGCUCAACAUGGAGCCACCGGAGCUGACCACAGCACCAGAGCCUGUCACCACACCCGCCACCACCCCAGAGCCCCAUUUUGCUGAAAGAAACGCUUCUCUCGUUAGUCACUCCUCACCUCUACCCAUCUGGGGAGACUCUAAGCGCACAGUGGAUGAAGAGAAACCAGAGGAUCAUGUGGAAACACAACAAACACAGCUGGUGAUGUCCAUAGAAGAGGAGGAGCCUCAUCCCAGCUCCCCUGUUCACCCCCCGUCUCCCCCCCCUCCUCUCUCCCCCGCUCCGGCUGAAGGCUCCCUCGAACCAUCUUCCUCCUCCACAGAAGACUCCAGCUCCAGCAGGAGCACAGUGACAGCAGAGACCGAAGCAGCACUGAAUCACAUCUCAGAGGGAGAGCUGCUUAUCAGCGUCUCCCAGCAGGCCCCUCUGACAGAAGAAGAGGCCUUUGGCAGCUUCUCCAGCUCUCUUCAGGAGGUUCUGGACAUGGACCUGGACCCUCCUACUGUAGAACAGAUUCAUGGUCAUCACCUCCUGCUCACUCUGGUUACCAAGAUGAACCAGGGGGUCACACACAAAGAAGCACGGCGACAGCCAGAAGGCUCCUGGGGGAUGGAGGAUGAGAUGGAAGAGGAUGUGAGUGUGGGGGAGGUUAGAGACUGUGAGACCACAAAACCUAUCAGGACCAGAAAUCCAGCCCAGCAGGAUCGGACCCGUAAUGCUGCAGAAGCUGGGCACCAGGGGGAGGAGGAGGAGGAGGAGGACGGGCAGCACAGAGGAAACACGCAGAGGGUCCGGCCGGAGGGGAUGCCGCUGUCCAGGGAGCGGCUGGACGCCGUCGUGUCCGGCAUCCGGGAGCUGGACCGCCUGCGCCGGCGGCAGAAAGCGCUGGUGCGCGCCGCGCUGGAGGAAGAGGAGGAUGAGGAGGAGAGAGAGGUCCUCCUGAGCUCCGAGGAGAACAUCCUGAUGCUGAGAAUACAGCUGAGUUGUCUCAGGAGGAGGGAUGCUGGACUGAUGACUCAGCUGCAGGAGUUGGACCAGCAGAUCAGUGACCUGCGACUGGACAUUGAUGUGUCACCUGACCAAGCGGAAACCGACAGCCGACCAAGCUCAGGUUUCUAUGAGUUGAGUGACGGGGCUUCUGGCUCACUCUCAAAUUCGUCUCACUCGGUCUACAGCGAGUGUUUGUUUUCAGCAACUGACACGGACGGACACUUCCCAUCCACAGAUGAGUUGGCUAGCUGCAUGGAACGGGAUGUACUGGUUGGAGGACUUUGCACUGACUCGUCUUCUUCUGGAGCAGUUUGCCGCUUACUCUCAGCUCUUCACCCACACCAUAUGGAUGCCUCAUCUUCAGCACUUUCAACUGAGUUCCAAUCUUCGUAUUAUAUUGAUCGUCUGGCCCAAAAUGGCACCAAUAUUUAUCAUUACCCAAGCCCGCUGAGUGCUAUGGCCAUCCAAAGCUCCACCUUCCUGAACACGUUUUGUUAUGGACGUCAUGACAGAGACGAGACUGGCGCUAAAUGUCUCAAACAUGAGACUUCCCUUAUUUCUGAGUCUGUGUCAGACCUUCUUCCAGCUAAGAGCACAUACUGCCAGGCUCCCCUGGGCUAUUACUCCCAGAAGAACAUGGAGAGCUACAUUUAUAGUCUGUUGCAGCGCAGAGCCCAGCCCAUCAGAAGCAGUAGACCAAGGACCACCAUUAGCACAGAUCCCUCAAAGAACAUUCAGCGACAGACUGGUCUCUGUGGGAGGCAGGCUUCUGGUACUGGUUCUUGUAUGAGUACUCUUAAGGAAUCUGAAAUGAAACCCUCUUGCCUCACUGGAGGUACAGCAGAGGGCUCAAAGGAGAGUAAGGAGAAAGAUACUCAGACUGUGUUCCUUGAUAAUAUUAAUAUGAUUCAAAAUGGCUUCAAGUUUAAUGGCAAUGGCAUACAGAACAUGCCUGUGUCCAUUGCAGAUCCUCUGAAUGUUUUCAGGGAACCUGGCAGUCCACCCUCUAAUUCCACCCAGAAAGAGACAUCACGGCUAUGUUGCACCACUCUACAAGAGCAGCUUCUUAAAUCGCCUUGUCCUGUCAAUGUACAGUCCGGUUCCCGCAAGAAAGGCCCCAAGAGAGAAGGUGCCGACAGAUUGCUUGAGUUAACAGCACUGGGGACUUCCUCUCAGAUUCUGAAGGAAGGACGAGUAAGAGAAGGAGGGAAGAGUCGCAACAGUGUGUGCUGUCCGACCAAGCGGAGUAGGGUAAAAAAUGUAAAGAGUAAUCGCAAGAAUGUCAGAACUACCAAUAAAAUCGAAACGACUAUGGAGACAGUUUUGGCAAAUGAAAAUAAAGAAAUGCUACUAGACAGAAGAAGUGAUAAAUAUCGCUACAAGUCCAGCUCAAGAGAACUGCAGCUCCUGGAAAAUGGAGGCACCAAACAAAAAGUAUCUAAGAAAGGUGCUUCCUCAAGCAUGAAUUGCAUCUCUACAUCCAUUCCAGAGAGCCAAGGCCAAGAGACGAAAACCACGUUAACACUAAGCACUUUGCGAACCAGUGUAUUUAUGCACCACCACCAUAAGAACCGCCACCACAAAUGUAGCAGCCACUGCCAACAUCCCCAUCGACACAGGCACAGCCAGGUUGUUGUUGCGAAACCACAGUACAAACGAAAAGAUUACCGGCGAUCACACGCUGUAUUGGAGAUCCCGUAUGAUAGGACAACCAAGCAAGCCCGGCAGCACCACAAAAAGGAGGGGAUGUGCAACUCUGCAACAAACAUGUACACCCCUUUUGAAGGGAAGCACGGUAGCCCAUACUCUAAGAUUACUGGAAGUGACUCAGAGUAUUCAGCAGAGUGCACGUCCCUCUUUCACUCCACCAUUGUGGACACUAGUGAGAAUGAGUCCAGUUACACCACAAAUUGUUUUGGGGAUAGCGAGUCCAGUGAGGAGGAGGGCACCACUGCAAGCGAUACAGAGGAGAGUCUGGGAGGUGGAGCUGGGGAUCGGAAACGUGGGGUGCGCAGCGGUUGGGGACAGUUAGGGACAGUCAGGGUCAAUUUCGCUGGACAAGAAACGAGUACAGCUCAGACGAAGGCUUUUGUUAAAGUUAAGGCCUCUUAUAACCUAAAGAAAAAGAUCCUUAGGUUCAAGACAGGUUCGCUCAAACUGAUGACCACUGUGUGACCAGCCGGACUUGGUAAGAACCAUACAGGUGUCUUGCCUGCACGUGGUGCUGUUCUGGUUCACGUGGAAUCUUUUUUAAACAAAAUUAACAUUUUAAAGCACUAUGUUUAGCAGAAGGUCCAAUUCCCCCGAGCCAUUUUAAAAUUAGAGAAAAAUCUGAGGUUGCCCAAAGGCAUUUUACAAUUAGAACAAAAUUGGUCGUUGUUCAAACAGUAAAGGAAUAUCUCUUAAAGAAACAUAUACUGUUUAAAAGCAGUGGUUUAAUCGUGGAAGUUUGGUCAACAAGCAACUCAGCUGUAGACCUGGAUUGGAAAUAAAAAAUAGCUACAAGGGAAUUGUAUGACCCUGACCAAAGGUUACCAAAUGUUUGUCCUGUUAUAUGGGGUAGUUACCUUCCUCAGGGUCCCUUGAGCAUGAUUUGACUGCUGUCAAGGCACACCAUAUCUAGAUCUAAAGAGAUUAAACAUUAACCUGAUAAGACAGUUGCGUCAGUUUGAUUUAUAUAUCAUUAUAUAUAAUAAUGAUAUAUAUACACAUAAAAUGCCUCUCAGGUUUAUGCAUAGUGUCUCUUUACACACUAAAGCACAUGUUCUACAGACAGGUAGGGACUGUGAGGAGUUGCUAUUACACCUACAUCUCCUGUCUCUCAAACCAAAGCAUCCAGCUUUCAGUCAUAUACAAUAGUCACAGACAUGAUGAAGCUCCUACAGUCACAUCGACAACCCUCCAGCUCUACAAACAGACAGUUCCUCUAUUUCAGAGGGGAAGAGUUCAGCAGCUAGCUGUGAACUAGCAGCAUUUCUUAGCAAACAAUUCUUUCUCACAAAGAUGUACACAGCAUAACUCAUAGUAAUGCAUGUGUAUCAUGAAUAACUGCCUUUCAACAUUUUUAUUUACAAGUGUCAUUAAGUAGUUGAGCUUGGACAACUACAUGUUUAUAAGACACAUGUAAUUUAAUGUUAACACACUCACAGAUGUGUUAUGUUUACUGUAAGUUGUAAUGCAACUUGAUUUUUAAAAUAAUAUUUUCAUGGGAGCUUAAAUAUCAAUGUUGGAUUGAUAUCAAUGUUGGAAUCUUUAGUUCCAAACCUUUCGGAACUAAAGGUUGUUAUAAUUGGAUAUAAUUAAUUAUUUGUUUGUUGAAGACUUAAUUUGUAUUCAAUAAUUCUUUAUCAUGAUUUUUUCCAACUUAUAUAUUGUGUGUUUUGAUUGAGUAGAGCCUUUACACUACACUUAAUUUCUAUCUAAACUUCACACUAUUCUUCAGCUUCUGCCAAAUGUCGGUUUGUUUUACAUGCUGCUGCUUGCACUAAGAAGUUCCUGCAAAAUGCAUAGUGUGAUUAAACAUUUUUCAAAUGCAAAGUUUGUUGGUAUACAUACUUUUGAAGUGGGGAAUGUCCAAUCUAACUUGUUCUCAGGCCAAACUAACACACGGUGUACUGUAUAAUAACAUUACUUCAGAUACACAUAAUCUGACACACAUAAUGACCCCGGACAGGUUAAAGGCGGUAUGGAAAUAUUGGUUCAACUGAUGUUUUAUGAUGGCAAAAAAACACAAGAUGUGAUUUGUACAAACUUAAAAAGCCUUGUAAUGAUCAGUAUUCUGAUCACUGUCCAGGCAUUUCAUGUGAGAUUCGACUGUAAGAUGCAGAUGGAGCUAAAACCACAGUCUAAUAAAGACCAAAUCCAGAAAUGCAGUGGGUGAAAUUUGAUCUGUGGACAAAUAAAUUGGUAUGUCUGUGUAUGUACUGUAUGUCUUAUCAUAUCUGCCCUAAUGUCGUCUCUGCCUCUAAUAAUGGCUACAAAUGUUCUUUAAUCUAUCAGUUUGUAAUAAGCUUACAUACAUAAACCUAUGUUGUGCAGGCUCAGCAUAACAUAUUAAAUUCUGAGGUAGAGCCGGCUCAAGAGAACAUCGUCCACACUAAAAAAGGUACAGAGGGGAUAACAAUGUAUACUUUUCUGCCGCUAAAUGCAGUUUUUUAAUAUAGAAACUUAAACUCAUCGUGCUCAACAUGCUUCACUUGCCUUUGGAUCGUGUCCUCUUGUCCUCUGUUCUUAAAUAAAACCAGGUUUCUCUCUAUAUAAUACAGUUUAUUUGGAAUAUUCAUCUUCCACAUGAACCUGUGUUUACCCUGGUUCUUCGGUUUUCAUGACCAGAUGUAAAGUUUCCCCAACUGAACAUAGAAUCUCAUUACUUGUGCCUUUUAAAGCUUAAACAAAUAAGCCAUCUUUUUAUGUCAUUUUUGCAACUCUGCAAAAUGUUUACCCACUGACACUGACACAGACUUUGGCAUUGUGCUUCUUGGCACAGGUCACUUUUGAAAAACUUGACUAUGUAUCAGAUUUAGGACCAUUUAUCCAAGUGGCCUGGGUCACAUUUGAAAAAAAUCUAAGUUGAGUACAGGUCUCAUAAAGGGCCAAAAACUCAAAUUUGGGUCAUUUCAAUUCUGCAGGGUGAACAUACCCUUGGGUCUGGUCAUCUGUGCAUUUGUCUAAUGUUUUCUGUUCCAAGUAUGCUUGUUAAGGUCUAUGAAGGAGUGAGGGGAAGGACAAAGUUUUGGCAAUGUUCAUUAUUUGAGCUCUUCUUGACAUACCUUCUAACUUUUAGGGAUACUCCCAUUGUUUCAGGCUAAAGUAAUGUUCUAGAGUUUCAUUUUUAAGCUUAGAAGCAAAUGUCUCUUAAAAUAUUGUCUUUCUUUCGCAAGGCCCUAAUAAAAAACUGUUAUUUUGGGAGUUGGACUCAGGUCUCAUGCUUACAUCUCCUGCUCUUUGAGACAAACCCACUGUGGCCAGGACUGCCAAUCCAAAGCUGUUAAUGUGUGCCUGUUUGUGGCCUUGUUUUAAUUUAUCUUUAGGAUAACUUUUCACUCCUCUGUUGCUCAGUAUGCUUUAUGUCUGUAAAUGUUUUUCCUGUUUACGGAGUCCCCAAUUAAGUUAUUUUCUGUAACGGUUAUUCAAAACAGAAUGUAUUUGCUCUACAUGAAACUUCUGUACAUAUGAUACUGACUAACAGCCAAUGUGCACUAGGUUGUCCUUGUAUGUAAUAUAUAUCAAAUGUGUAGACAAGUCUUGUAUUACUUUUUUUUUACCAUUGUCACCAUGUUGACACAUUUCAACAAAAUUCAGAUCUUAAUGAAGGAAACUGGUUGUCUCUUGCUUUCAGAUCGAUAGAACAAUUAGCUAUUUUUGCAUUACACCAUUUCAUAUGACAUAAAUGCAACAAAACAUAUUAAAUGCACUGUCAGUUAUCAGUGUCGAACAGACAAACAGUGUUCAAAAUGAGAAAGUAAAAUUCUCUCAGAUGUCUGGUUUCUUAUGGGCUUAUUUCAAAAUUCGUGUGAAUAAAGGUAAAAACCUGGUCUCAAAGACAGCAGCUGUAGCUCUGUGUUUCAGGAAGAAGGACGCCAUUAGAAAAGCUGAGGAAAAAAGGAAACUUCUAAGACUACUUUUUUCUCUGAGCAGUUUGAUGUACAGUGACUCUCCUGCUGCUGAAAGGUGAGAGCUGGAAACUACUUUAAAGGGCUCUCUAGGUUUGAACAGUAAGAAUAAUUUGUACACAAAUGUGUUCACUAACAUGAGUGUAAGCUUGUUGGCUCAAUUUUUUGCUGGGCUUAUAGAUGUCCAUGCCAAGGCUAGGUGAAAGAAUUCAGUAUCUCUGCAUUCUCCUCGGCUUUUACCUCAAACAGGAGUAUUUCAAUGAUUGUAACAUUGUGAUGAGAUUUGAUUCCCUUAUUUAAAGUUAUGUUUAAGUUAAAACUGGCGAGGGAUCAGAUAAAGUGCAGUCCAAGGACCCCUUAUGAUGAAAAAUAGAGCUCCCCCGCCCGGCUAAACGGCGGACAAUGGAUGGAUGGUCCAGAGUUGACAUUUUUUAUGUAUAAAUAGCUCCUUUAAAGUUGUCUUAUUCCUGUCAUGUACUGUACAUGCAGUUUUGCCGGAUAGAUAUUGUCUGUAAUUAUUAUUUUUUAUUUUACUAUAAUUUUUCUGUAAUAGUCAAAUAUUUGGGGUAUCUCGAGAGCCAGAGACCUUCAUUUGAAAGUAUUCUGUAAGCCUAUUAGGUUUAAGCUUUAGAACCUAAACUGAUUCCGCUCCACCAACACUGCUCUUGUACAUUUUCAUAUUUACAGAUGUAAAAUACUGUUAUUGUCUGUGUGGAUUUAUACCGUUAGUUUAUGUUAAAUAAAUGCUUUCCCUACUCUUAGCAUGUCUCUGU